AUGGAGCUAACACCAGUUGAAAGAAAUGUCCACUCAAUCAUAGAGGAGGAGGAUGAGGAAGUUCAGCUGCAGUGGGCUGCAAUUGAGAGACUGCCUACAUUAAAACGCCUCAAAACCUCACUUUUUGAUGUUGGUGGUGGUGAGAAUGGAAGCGGUGGAAAAGACUCGAAAGACUAUGCAGGGAAGAGGGUGGUUGAUGUUACCAAGUUAAGAACACAUGAGAGGCAUCUGUUCAUUGAAAAACUCAUAAGCCACAUAGAGAAUGAUAAUCUGAAACUUCUACAGAAACUGCGAGAAAGAAUAGACCGAGUGAAUGUGAAACUGCCGACUGUGGAGGUGAGGUACAAGAACUUGUUUGUGGAAGCAGAGUGUGAGGUAGUCCAAGGAAAGCCGCUUCCGACGCUAUGGAACUCUCUUCUAAGCUUGUUAUCAGUUUUUACAAAGGCAAUUUGGUUCAAAUCUGUAGAAGCCAAGAUAAGCAUUCUAACAGAUGUCAGUGGCAUCAUCAAACCAUCAAGGCUUACUCUCCUUCUUGGUCCCCCAGGCUGUGGGAAAACCACCUUGUUACAAACUCUUGCAGGAAAACAAGACAAAUCUCUCAAGGUUUCAGGGGAGAUUUCUUAUAAUGGUCACAAGCUAGAUGAGUUUGUCCCCCAGAAAACGUCAGCUUACAUAAGCGAAUACGACCUUCACAUACCUGAGUUGACCGUGAGGGAAACAAUCGACUUUUCUGCCCGCUGUCAGGGUGUUCGGAGUAGAGCUGAUAUAAUGAUGGAGGUCAGCAGAAGAGAAAAAGAAGCGGGAAUAGUCCCUGAUCCAGAUAUUGACACCUACAUGAAGGCAAUAUCAGUUCAAGGACAAAAGAAAAAUCUCCAAACCGAUUAUGUUUUGAAGAUCCUCGGACUGGAUACCUGUAGUGACACAAUGGUUGGUGAUGCAUUAAGUAGAGGCAUUUCAGGUGGCCAGAAGAAGAGGCUGACAACAGGAGAGAUGAUUGUAGGUCCCACAAAAGCUCUAUUUAUGGAUGAAAUAUCGACGGGAUUAGACAGCUCUACAACAUUUCAGAUAGUUACCUAUCUCCAGCAGUUGGUGCACAUCACAGAUGCAACUGCAUUGGUAUCACUUCUUCAACCAGCACCUGAGACCUUUGAUCUGUUUGAUGAUGUAAUAUUAAUGGGAGAGGGGAAGGUAGUUUACCAUGGUCCUCGCAGCCACGCACUUCAGUUUUUUGAAGACUGCGGUUUCAAGUGCCCAUCAAGAAAGGGUGCUGCAGAUUUUCUUCAGGAGGUAAUCUCAAAGAAGGAUCAAGCACAAUACUGGAAGCACGAUAACAUUCCCUACAAUCAUGUUUCAGUGGAUCAGUUAUCACAACUUUUCAGAGCAAGUUACUUAGGAAAUAAGUUAGACGAUGAGCUCUCAAAACCGUAUGAUAAAUCGCAGUCCCAUGACAAUACCUUAUCAUUUACCACUUACUCUGUGAGCAAAUGGGAGUUGUUCAAAGCUUGCAUGGCCAGGGAGCUGCUUCUUAUGAAACGAAAUUCCUUUGUCUAUGUCUUCAAAACAGUGCAGCUUAUCAUCAUUGCAUUUAUUACAAUGACAGUAUUUAUAAGGACUCAGAUGGCUGUGAAUUUGACAAGCGCAAAUUUUUUGUUGGGCGCAUUGUUUUAUACACUCGUUCGACAUAUGACAAAUGGCGUUGCAGAGCUGUCCUUGACUGUUACUAGACUUCCAGUAGUUUACAAGCAAAGAGGAUUCUAUUUGUACCCAGCAUGGGCGUAUUCUAUUCCGGCCUCUAUGCUGAAGGUUCCAUUUUCAUUCAUGGAUUCAGUGCUUUGGACUGCCACAACUUACUAUGUUAUUGGGUAUAGCCCAGAAAUAAAAAGGUUCUUCUGCCAGUUCCUUGUGCUAUUUGCUCUGCAUCAAGCAUCAACAUCCAUGUGUCGUUUGGUUGCUGUAAUUUUCCGAACUAUGGUUGCUGCAACAACUUGUGGUACUUUUAUCUUAGUGGUAAUGUUUUUAUGCGGAGGCUUCAUUUUGCCACGACCCUCUCUACCUCCUUGGUUGAGGUGGGUAUUCUGGUGUUCUCCUAUGACUUAUGGGGAAAUAGGUACAGCUCUAAAUGAAUUCCUUGCUCCUCGCUGGCAAAAGGUUUCAAAGGGAAACACAACCUUAGGGAAUGAAGUUCUAACCAGUCAUGGUCUGAACUUUGAUGGAUCUUUCUAUUGGAUAUCGGUAGGAGCAUUAUUCGGCUUCACAGUACUUUUCGAUCUUGGAUUUGCUUUAGCCUUAACUUACUUAAAUCCUCCAAAUAUGUCUCGGGCUAUUGUUUCGGAAAAGAGAUUAUCUCAACUACAAGGGAAAGAUGCUUGCAACACCAGUGCUCAGUCAGAGAAUGUAUCAACUCCAGCUGAUCUUUACCACAAUGUGGGAGAAAAGUUAAAUUUUGGGAAGAUGGCCCUGGCUCUGCCAUUUGAACCACUGACAGUGUCAUUUAAGGAUGUGCAGUAUUAUGUUGAUACCCCUCCGGAAAUGAGAGAGCAUGGUUUCAAACAGAAAAAGCUUCAGUUGCUUAAAGAUAUUACAGGAGCAUUCAGACCUGGAAUUCUUACAGCAUUGAUGGGUGUCAGUGGAGCUGGGAAAACAACUCUCAUGGAUGUUCUUUCUGGAAGGAAAACAGGAGGUACUAUUGAAGGAGAUAUAAGAAUAGGAGGGCACCCCAAGGUACAGAAGACAUUUGCAAGAAUAUCAGGUUACUGUGAGCAGACUGAUAUACAUUCUCCACAUAUCACAGUAGGAGAAUCAGUUAUGUACUCAGCUUGGUUGCGGUUGCCACCUGACACUGAUCCAGACACAAAAUCUAGAUUUGUGGAAGAAGUCAUUGAAACGAUUGAACUGGAGGAUAUAAAAGAUUCUUUAGUCGGGAUUCCUGGACAAAGUGGCCUAUCCACUGAGCAGCGUAAAAGGCUAACAAUUGCAGUGGAGCUUGUUUCCAAUCCAUCCAUAAUAUUUAUGGAUGAACCUACAUCAGGUUUAGACGCCAGAGCAGCUGCAAUUGUCAUGCGCGCAGUGAAGAACGUCAUUGACACAGGAAGGACAACUGUUUGCACAAUUCACCAACCAAGCAUUGAUAUCUUUGAGUCUUUUGAUGAGUUAAUUUUGAUCAAAACGGGAGGACAGAUCAUCUAUUCUGGAAUAUUAGGACAUCAAUCGAGUAAACUAAUCGAAUAUUUCGAGGGCAUUCCUGGUGUACCAAAAAUCAAAGAUAAUUACAAUCCAGCAACAUGGAUGUUAGAAGUUACUUCUGCUUCGGUAGAGGAAGAACUUGGUUUAGAUUUUGCCAGCAUUUAUAGAGAGUCUACUCAGUAUAGGGACACAAUUGAGCUGGUAAGACAGUUAAGCGUGCCAAAGCCGGGUUCAAAGGACUUGUAUUUUCCCACUCCUUUUCCUCAAAAUAGCUGGGUGCAGUUUAAGGCAUGCCUUUGGAAACAACACUUGUCCUACUGGAGAAGUCCGGAAUACAAUCUAGCACGUUUCAUGUUUAUGAUUAGUGCUUCAGUGUUGUUUGGGAUAAUCUUUUGGCAGAAAGGGAAGGAAAUAAAUAAUGAGCAGGAUUUGUUGAACAUACUUGGGUCCAUGUACAUUGCUGUAAUAUUCUUGGGCGUAACCAAUUGCAACUUAGUUCUGCCUUAUGUGGAAACUGAGCGCACUGUUUUGUACCGGGAACGAUUUGCUGGGAUGUACUCAUCAAAGGCUUAUUCGUUUGCGCAGGUGGCCGUGGAAAUGCCAUACACAAUGUUGCAAGCAAUUCUGUUUGUGAUUAUAACAUACCCUACAAUAGGGUAUUAUUGGUCAGCUACUAAGGUUUUUUGGUACUUUUAUGCAACAUUCUGGACAUUUCUGUACUUUGUGUAUCUUGGGAUGCUGAUUGCUUCGUUGAGCACAAACCUGGAUGUUGCUUCCAUUUUGGCAACUGCAGUCUACACCAUAUUGAAUCUUUUCUCUGGCUUCCUCAUGCCGGGACCGAAAAUUCCUAAGUGGUGGGUUUGGUGCUAUUGGAUAUGUCCUACAUCAUGGUCCCUAAAUGGCCUCCUGACCUCACAAUAUGGAGACAUGAACAAAGACAUCCUGAUUUUUGGGGAGCAUAAAACAGUUGGUUCCUUCCUACAAGAUUACUAUGGUUUCCAUCAUGAUGGUUUAGCCCUUGUGGCUAUUGUUCUCAUUGCUUUCCCAGUUGCUUAUGCGUCUCUAUUUGCCUAUUGCAUUGGGAAAUUAAAUUUUCAAAGAAGGUAGAAAGAAACCUAUUUUUACCGACACGGGUUGGUUCAGUUGGUAAGGUCCUUGCAUUGUGUGUCGCCCCACUAACGUUCGAGUCCCAUUGCCAGCAAUUCCGAGUUUGGUGGACAAUUUGUAUAUUCCUCUGUAAAUCUGAAAAGGUCUAAGGUUUGCCAUGGCCCUGGGUGUGGGGGUAGCCUCUCCCUUCCCUAAACUUUUAUUUCAUCAAAAAUAAGAAAGAAGCCUGUUUUUGUCUAUAUGUCUGUCCUAUGUUGGAUUGUUGACGGUUGAAAUGUAUCACAAGAAAA